AUGGACAAUGCCAAGACAUUGGAGAUGAUUCAAUACCUUCAUCAAUAUCGUACAGAGGGCUGUACAACCGCGGCAAUGAACAAUGCCUCGAUGAAUGGCCAACUCUCAAUCGUUGAGUACCUUCAUCAACAUCGUACCGAGGGAUGCACGACCGAGGCGAUGGACCUGGCCGCAGAGAAUGGACAUUAUGAAGUAGUGGACUUCUUGCAACGCAACAGGAAAGAGGGAUGCACUUCCAGGGCGAUGGACGGGGCAGCCAGUGGCGGCCACCUCUCAAUCGUACAUUACCUCCACCAACACCGUGGUGAGGGCUGUACAAAGAAUGCUAUUGAUGGAGCUGCAGCCAAUGGACAUCUGGACGUGGUCAAGUUUCUUCAAUUCAACAGAUCAGAGGGACGCACCAAAUUGGCAAUCAACUGGGCUGCAAAGGGUGGACAUCUUGAUGUGAUCAAGUUCCUCAACGAGCAAAGUGAAGAGAAGGGAAAAACAUGGAGUGAUUAUGCAUUGGACCAUGGUCAUCUCAAUGUCUUGGAGUAUAUGCAUCAAUAUGGCAAUUGGGAAGCCGAGGAAGCUUUGUCGAAUGCUGCAUCAAAUGGCCACUUGGACGUGGUCAAGUUCCUCCAUCGUAAUCGCACCGACAUAGAAUGUAGUUAUCAAACCAUUGACUUCGCAGCUCAAGGUGGCUACCUUGACACAAUUAGGUAUAUCCAUCAGAAUUAUCCAAAGGAUGAUGCUACCUUCACUUCCGAAGCACUGGAUGAUGCUUUGGUUUAUGGUCAUGUGGAUGUCCUUCAGUACCUCUGGAAUAGUUCAAGUGAGCGACCAUCGGUAUGGGCGCUAAGCAAAGUGGCGGAAGCAGGACACCUAUCAAUGCUGGACUUUUUGUUUAGCAAUGGACAUGGGGAUGACCAUCCCGAGGAGUCUCUUUACAAAGCAGUGGAGGGAGGACACUUGGCCAUAGUGAUCUACUUCCACCUCUACUCCAAAGUCCAGUUUCACAGUGAACUGAUGGACGUUGCAGCAGACAGGAGGCAUUUGAAUGUGGUACAAUUCUUACACUACAAUCGAACAGAUGGCUGCACCACUGAUGCGAUGGACAAAGCAGCAAUGAAUGGUGACAUUGACACACUCAAGUUCCUUCAUUUCAACCGUUCAGAGGGCUGCACAUAUGACGCGAUGGACCAAGCGGCAAUGGGUGGUUAUUUGGAAGUUGUUCGAUUCCUCGAUGCCAACCGUACUGAAGGAUGCUCAAAAGAUGCAAUUGGCUAUGCCAGAGACGAAACAAGGAAACUGGAUAUUCUCCAGAAGCGCAAGGCAGCAUAUGGGUUCGCCCAGAAGCCUCCUUCAAAUAUCAACGAGCCACUAAAGUCCAAGAAGAGCAAAUAUAUUGGCGCAAACAAACAAACAGCAAGGAAAGUACAGAGACAAUAA